AUGCUAUGCUUCCUCAAUUCCAAAAAAAACGCGGUAAGAAGUCAUCCAACAGAAAAUCGAAGUAUUGGAGUUCCUGGUCGUUGUGCAAACGACUUCUAUCCUGUUGUCAUGGCAAGAAUCAGCACCACCGACAGGUGCAUUCAUCGAGACAUCGUCGAGUGCCUCUAUCUUAUCAAUGCGGUUGGCCAAAUCUACUUGAUGGAAAGGUUUGUCGGUGCGAGGGUGACUUUUUAUGGGGCUGCUGUGUUAGCGGAUCUUAUAAGAAGUCGAGAUUGGCAACAAUCGGGCCACUUUCCAAGAGUUACUUUCUGUGAUAUGGAGGCGAAGAAACUUGGGAAGAACCAUUUGUGA